GUCAAUGAGAUUCCGGCGUGUUAUUAGUUUAGAUUCAGGUCAUUUCAGGUUGUGUAGUCUUCAUUUAUAUCAAUACCAAACUUUAACACAACUUAAAAUAUUGAAGUACAAAAUGUCUGGCGAUGCUUUAGAAGCUCAAUUGCAAGUUAGAUUUAUAACUAAACAAGAACAAUAUGCAGUUCCGGAUAGUCCUUACGCUAUCCAGUGUAACGUACACCCUGCGGACCUUAAUACCUUAAUAAACGCAAUUUUGAAGGAGACAUCACCAUCGUUCGAGAAGGCGGUAAUAUUUGAUUUCUUAGUAUGUGGAGAGUUACUUUGUGCCUCCCUCGCAGAGCACUUACAAGAAAAAGGAGUAUCGACAGAGGACACGCUUGAGGUCGAAUACUUGGAAAGGUUCCCUGCACCAACUCCACAGGACUGUUUAAUGCACGAUGAUUGGGUGUCAGCUGUUCAGGCACACAGUAGUUGGAUUCUAUCAGGAAGUUAUGACAAUAGCUUACAUAUAUGGAGCACAAAAGGACAACACAAACUAGCCAUACCAGGUCAUACAUCACCAGUAAAAGCAGUAUCAUGGGUUUCCUUCCAGGGCGAUCAAGCUACAUUUGUUAGUGGAUCUCAUGAUCAAACAGCAAUACUCUGGGUAUGGAAUGUAUCUAGAAAUUCUGUUGACUGUAUGAUCACUUACCGUGGUCACGACAAGGGAAUUGAGUGUCUGUCUGUGUCGGCUGAUGGUAACCGUUUUGCAAGUGGGAGCUGGGAUAACAACAUUUGUCUUUGGAGUGCAAGCUUAGCAGAAGAAGAAAACCAUCCAGCUACAAAGAAAAGUAAACCAGAACACGGCACUACUAGAAAUCCACUGACCACUUUAAAAGGACACAAGGAGGCUAUCUCGGGUGUUCAAUGGAUGGAUUACAACACAGUACUGUCCAGUGGUUGGGACCACUUAUUGAAAAUUUGGGACUGUGAUUUGGGUGGUAUUAAACAAGAAAUUGCUGGUAAUAAGGCCUUUUUUGAUGUUGAUUGGUCACCUCUGAACAACAGCAUUAUUACUGCAUCAGCAGAUAGACAUGUCCGGUUAUAUGACCCUAGAUCUACAGAGAGUAUUGUGAAGACAACAUUCACAUCACACACAGGAUGGGUCCAGUCAGUUCGCUGGUCUAAAACAAAAGACACUCUUUUCCUUUCUGCUGGAUACGACAACCAGGUUAAACUUUGGGAAACAAGAAGUCCACGAACUCCACUUUAUGACCUUAGCGGACACGAAGAUAAAGUUCUCUGCUGCGAUUGGUCGAAUCCCUCCCUGUUAAUCAGCGGCUCCAGCGACAACACCCUCAGGAUAUUCAAAGCUAAACACGCUGUCGGAAACGCGUGAAUUUGUCUUUCGAGUUACAAAGAAAACUUAAAGACGACAUUCAAAACAAUCGAUUCAUCGUUAUUGAUUCGAACGUUGUAUAAUGUGUUCAUAAUAAUUUGAAAUACAAAA